AUGGCGCCCCUGCCCCUGUGGCUGCUGUGGCUGCUGCUCCCACUCGGCCCGCGGGCCCAGAAGCUGCCCACGCGCGACGAGGAGCUCUUCCAGAUGCAGGUCCGCGACAAGGCCUUCUUCCACGACUCCUCGGUGCUCCCGGACGGAGCUGAGAUCAGCAGCUACCUCUUCCGGGACACACCUAAGAGGUACUUCUUUGUGGUGGAAGAGGACAACACCCCGCUGUCCGUGACCGUGACCCCCUGUGACACCCCCCUGGAGUGGCGGCUGAGUCUGCAGGAGCUGCCGGAGGAGGCCAGCGGGCAGGGCUCAGGCGAGCAGGAGCCGGAGCCGCUGGAGCAGCAGAGGCCGCAGGCCACGCACGAGGCGGGCGCCGAGCUGCUCUCCUACCAAGGCAACGACGUGGAGUCCUUCGUGUCGGCCGGCGCCCCCGCCGGGCUGUACCGGCUGGAGCUGCUGUCCACGGAGAAGGACGCGCACUUCCGAGUCUACGCCACCACCACGCCCGCGUCCGACCAGCCCUACCCGGAGCUGCCCUACGACCCCCGGGUGGACGUCACGGCCCUGGGCCGCACCACGGCCACGCUGGCCUGGAAGCCGAGCCCCACGGCCUCGCGGCUGCAGCAGCCCGUGCAGUACUGUGUGGUCGUCAGCCGGGAGCACAACUUCAAGAGCCUGUGUGCCGUGGAGGCGAAGCUGAGCGCGGACGACGCCUUCAUGACGGCCCCGAAGCCCGGCCUGGACUUCAGCCCCUUCGACUUCGCCCACUUCGGGUUCCCGCCGGGGAACCCCGGCAAGGAGCGCGGCCCCCGGGCCAGGCCGCCCCCCAGGCUGGGCCGGGCGGCGCACUCGCGGCCCCAGGCCGACCUCCAGAAGGUCUGCAUCGGAAACAAGAACAUCUUCACCGUCUCGGACCUGAAGCCCGGCACGCAGUACUACUUCGACGUGUUCGUGGCCAACAGCCGCAGCAACACGAGCACGGCCUACGUGGGCACCUUCGCCAGGACCAGGGAGGAGGCCGCGCAGAAGACGGUGGAGCUGAAGGACGGGAAGGUGACCGACGUGUUCGUGAAAAGGCGGGGGGCCAAGCUGCUGCGGUUCGCCCCCGUCUCCUCCCACCAGAAGGUGGCCUUCUUCGUCCACUCCUGCCUGGACGCCGUGCAGGUCCAGGUGCGCCGAGACGGGAAGCUGGUUCUGUCCCAGAGCGUGGAGGGCGUGCGGCAGUUCCUGCUCCGGGGCAGGCCCAAGGCCAAGUACCUCCUCCGGCUGAAGGGCAGCAGGAAGGGGGCGUCGGUGCUGAAGGUCCUGGCGAGCACGCGGCCCGGCAAGCACGCCUUCCCGUCCCUCCCCGAGGACACGCGGAUCAAAGCCUUCGACAGGCUGCGCACCUGCUCGUCGGCCACCGUGGCCUGGCUGGGCACCCAGGAGAGGAGCAAGUUCUGCAUCUACAAGAAGGAGGUGGGCGACACCUACAGCGACAGCCGGAGGAGGAGAGAGCAGAACCAGUGCCUGGGGCCGGACACGAGGGAGAAGUCGGAGAAGGUGCUGUGCAAGUACUUCCACAGCCGGAACCCACAGAGGGCGGUGACCACGGAGAUCGUCCGCGGCCUCCAGCCGGGCAGAGCCUACCUGCUGGACGUGUACCUCGUGGGGCACGGCGGGCACUCCGUCAAGUACCAGAGCAAAGUCGUCAAAACCCGCAGGGUCUGCUAGUGACCUGGGUGCAGGUGCGUCACGUGGACCUGUCCCGGGGCCUCCGGGAGAGACGCGAGUGCCCGCCGCUGAGCGCGAGAGAGGGGGUCCCCUCGAGAGGGGAGACUGGUCCUCGCGUGCCCAGGGUGCCUGGUGUGUGACGUCACAGACGGACCCCCCGAAGGAGCCGCCAUCCCCGCUCUGACCACUGCAUGAACUGCUUCUAAAUUAUUUUAUUACCUGAAAGUUUAAAAGAUGCCACUCAUUGCACACAUCCCCAAAAUGCAAGCCAGUCCUCUCGAUAGAUGCUAGGAUAUAUCGAUAUAAAUUAUUUUAUAAAGUCUUGUUUUAAAUGUCGGUGUGUCUAUGAUCGUAAACUAUUCAAGUCUCCUGUUAACGUGCAGAUCGGAUCUAAGUCUACGAUGUGGACGGCGCCCCGGUCAGCUGUAUUGUACAUGCUUCUCUGUUGAGUGGGUUGUUGAAGUGCUGUAUGUAUCUCCUGUGCAGAGUUGACACAUUAUAUCCAUGUACAUAAAAUUAA